AUUUUAAGAAUCCUGUUAUGCCGAAAUUUACUUGAGACGACGUGUCGUGUAAUAUGAGAAUCCGUGGGUAACAUUUUGCCACUACUCUUUCUGCAGCUCUUUUUUCUGAAUUAAACAAAAAGCUCACAUUAUUAUAGAAUGUAAAUUUCUCGGCGCAGAUUUAACGAGCGAUUUAAUCCAACACAUAUUUCAAAAAACCACCAAACUUUCAAUCAUACCGACUGCCUCUCGCGAUAAAUUCGCCGCAAAUUUGAUGCAAAAAAAACGACAAAAAAAACGAUAAUAAAAGAGGAACUUGCAGAGUUUCCGUCGCCGAUUGCCUCCGCCCGACGACGCGCGCUCGUUCCCCGUCGCGAUCGACGGUUAAUUGGACUUCCGGCCGCGGUCGACGCGGAGACGCGCCGCUCGCGGAUAUUUUCGUGCGCUUUCCCCGAAAUUGUCGUCGUCCAUUUUUCGUCCGCCUCGUUUUCGGAAGCCAGCGCUUCCGAGACCUCGCGGACGGAUCCGUCGGUGUCUCGGUCAGACUAAUCACUUCCGCGCUCUCUUUGCCCGGCACUCCGAAAAGAAAGAAAGAAAGAAAGAAAGAAAGAAAAGAAAGACAGCAACGAGCGGGAAAAGGGGUCGGCGGCAGGGGGAAGGGGGGAGAGGCAAUGGCCACGACUUGAUUGGGACAUCAAACGUGAGACGAGAGAAGCAAAAUAUGCGAAGCUGGCCGGGAAGAGCGCGCUCGCGUCGUAAAGAUCGUAAAGAUUUUCGGCCGCGGCUCUUUGGCGGCCGCGGCUUCCGAGAAUAUCCCGCCGCGCGCGGAAUUUGGGAAGCUCCCCGACGCGCCUGCGAAGGACCCUCGGGCGAAGAGCGUGCACAAACUCGCGAGAACGCGGCCGCGAUGUCUCGUCGUCUGAGGCGCGCCUUCGAGAGACCGCGACGACGAGACGAGACGAACGAAUCCUCCCUUUCCAGAGCGUCGAGGCGCGGCACGCCGGCCAUGCUGUUCUGAAACGUUUCUUUCGUCGGGCCGAGCAUCAGCGGACCACCAACGACCGGCGGGGGUGCGCGAAUCCGACGGGGCCGCCCGCGUCGCCGAGGACGCGCGGCGAUGUCACGCGAGCGGCCGACCGACCGACGAGAGAGAUCCUCGCGACGGGGUCCUCCGCGAGGAGGAGCGCGAGUGAGAGCGAGGGUGCAAUGACGGCGGACGAGUGCUCAAGGACGAUCUCAUCGGCGGCGGUCGCGUGCGAUUGAAAGAAUCGGCCGAGGGGACGAGAGAAAGAGGGAGAGAGAGAGAGAGAGAGAGAGAGAGAAAGCGAAAGAGAGAGAGAGAGAGAGAGCGAGGGAGAGGGAGCGGGGGAGGACGGCGUCUGAGCCGCUCCACCAUUAUCUUUGCCGAAGGAAGAGGAAGAGCGCGAGGACACUCGAAUGCCAAGGACGAAGGCCGGAGCUGAGCCGUUCGAGUGCAGACGCUAGCGGUGAAAGUUCAAAGGAGAGAGCCUGCGCCCCCCGGCGGGGGCGGGGGCGACGGACUCGGGGUGGUUUAGCGGAAGUGGCCCAAGUGUGAUAAAGGAAAACGGGGGGAGGAAGCGAGCGAGACGAUUCUCUUCUUCUCCUCCUCCCCUUCUCUCUCCUUCUCCGUUCAUCGCGCGGCGAACGUCAUCCAUGGGUGCUUCCGGGAGCGCGCGACGAGCUGAGCCGAGCGGAAGCUCGCCGGGAGGACAGACCCGACGGAAGAUGUAGGGUCCUGCGAGCGAGGAAGCGCGUCCGCAGGACAUACUCCAGGACGGCGUCAGCCGAGGGCAGCCCAGGCUACCCCCCGCGCGCCCGUGCCGGUGCCGUUCGGCACGGUGCAAGAUGCUGGACAUAUUCCGCGGCCUCAAGAGCCUCAUUAAAAUCUCGCACAUCCACACCGACAGCGCAGUCUUCCGGCUGCACUACAGUCUCACGGUGAUCCUGCUGAUCAGCUUCUCGCUGAUCGUCACCACGCGCCAGUACGUCGGCAACCCGAUCGACUGCAUUCACAGCAAGGACCUGCCCGAGGACGUGCUCAACACGUACUGCUGGAUACACAGCACCUACACCAUCACCGCGGCUUACCGGAAGCGCGAGGGCUUCGAGGUGCCGUUCCCCGGAGUCGACAACAGCAAGUCGUACCCUGACUCCGAGAGAAAGGAGUACCGCUAUUAUCAGUGGGUGUGCUUCAUGCUGUUUCUGCAGGCGAUCCUUUUUUACACGCCGAGAUGGCUGUGGAAGGGCUGGGAGGGUGGCAAGAUUCAUGCCCUCAUGAUGGAUCUCGACAUCGGGCUCUGCUCCGAGGUGGAGAAGAAGCAAAAGAAGAAGAUGCUGCUCGACUACCUCUGGGAGAACCUUCGCUUUCACAAUUGGUGGGCUUACAGGUACUACCUGUGCGAAGUGCUCGCGCUGCUGAACGUGGUCGGUCAGAUGUUUCUGAUGAACCGCUUCUUCGACGGCGCCUUCCUGACCUUCGGCAUCGACGUGCUGAGGUUCCUCGAGUCCGACCAGGAGGACCGGGUGGACCCGAUGAUUUACGUCUUCCCACGAAUGACCAAGUGCACAUUCUACAAGUACGGCGUCAGCGGCGAGGUCGAGAGGCACGACGCCGUCUGUAUAUUGCCUCUCAACGUCGUCAACGAGAAGAUCUAUGUAUUCCUCUGGUUCUGGUUCCUCUUCCUCGGCGUGCUCAGUUUCUUUACGGUUUUGUAUAGGAUACUCAUCAUUCUCUCGCCGCGCACGAGGGUCUACCUGCUGCGAAUGCGCUUCCGCUUGGUGCGGCGUGACGCCGUGGAGACGAUAGUGCGUCGCAGCAAGAUGGGCGACUGGUUCCUCCUGUACAUGCUGGGCGAGAAUUUGGACACCGUCAUCUACCGCGACGUGAUGCACGAAUUAGCGAACAAGCUCGCUUCGAGGCAUCACCACGGCGUGCCGGGAGUGAAGGGCGAGCUUCAAGAAGCCUGAUCGAGGUUGCCUCGGAGGCUCGGCACGUUCGACUCGCUGCCGCGGUCCUGCCCUCGCCCGCUGUCCGCAGCCCGCGGUCGUCGACGCAUCCGGAGACGCGGGACCUGCGAUCGCGGCCGCAGCCCGAGAAGAAGAAGAAGAAGAAGAAGAAGAAGAAGAAGAAGAAGAAGAAGAAGAAGAAAGAGCAGCGGCAACGGCGGCGGCGGCGGCGGUGGUGGUAGAAGGGCCGA